GUGGACCCCUCCUCCAGUCCAGCUGCCUGAUACCCAAUCAGAGAGAAACCGACCCGGCCAGGCUGAGCGCCAGGGGCAGGCCCAGAAUAGUGCUACCCAGCGCCUGUGGCGCACUCGCCUGCGUGGGCUGAGGCUGGCCUCGAGGAGCCGGAACUGGAGCGCGCUCGGACCCCCGUCUUGGAGCAGCCUUGGGGGACCUGAACAGCAGAGAUGAGCUUUCUAGAGCAAGGUGACAGCCUCUUGUGGUCAUCACCAGCCGUAAGCACCAGCUCAGAAAGAAUCUGUGGGAAACCUGGGACCAAAAAACCAUCGAGGACGAAGCAGGAGGCUGCAGAGCAACGGGAGCCACAAGGUCCGGGGGAAGGUGCCCGGACCAGGCCAGCUGCUGAGUCCACUGGGCUAGAGGCCACAUUCCCCAAGGCCACACCCUUGGCCCAAGCUGUUCCCUUGGCUGGAGCAGGGACCCCACUCACAGGGUGGGACCUCCUCCCUGCUGACUGUGCAGCCUCUGCCGUGGGCUCCAGCACAGAUGAGUUGGAGCUCCCCAUGGAGUUUCCAGCCCCAGAAGCCUGGGACUGUGAGCUCAAAGAUCUGGAGGAAGACAGACCGGCCCUGAGCCCAUCCCCACAGGCCCCUUUACUCAGCCUCAGCUGGGACGAUGAGUUGCGGAAGCCAGGGGCGCAGGUCUACAUGCACUUCAUGCAGGAGCACAGCUGCUAUGAUGCCAUGGCGACCAGCUCCAAGCUGGUCGUCUUCGACACCACGCUAGAGAUCAAGAAGGCCUUCUUUGCCCUGGUGGCCAAUGGCGUUCGGGCAGCCCCUCUAUGGGACAGCAGGAAGCAGAGUUUUGUAGGGAUGCUCACCAUCACAGACUUCAUCCUGGUGCUGCACCGAUACUACAGAUCUCCUCUGGUCCAGAUCUAUGAGAUUGAACAACAUACGAUAGAGACCUGGAGGGAGAUCUACCUUCAAGGCUGCUUCAAGCCUCUGGUCUCCAUCUCUCCCAAUGACAGCCUGUUCGAAGCCGUGUACUCCCUCAUCAAGAACCGGAUCCAUCGCCUGCCGGUCCUGGACCCGGUGUCAGGCACGGUGCUUUACAUCCUCACACACAAGCGGCUGCUCAAAUUCCUGCACAUCUUUGGGGCGCUGCUGCCCCGGCCCUCCUUCCUCUACCGCACUAUCCAAGAUUUGGGCAUCGGCACAUUCCGAAAUUUGGCUGUGGUGCUGGAGACGGCGCCUGUCCUGACCGCACUGGACGUCUUUGUGGACCGGCGAGUGUCAGCGCUGCCUGUAGUCAAUGAAUCUGGCACAAGGUCAGGCUGUCUCCCUUGCUGUGAUGCUGAGCUGAUCUGUGGUUCAGGUCAGGUUGUGGGCCUCUAUUCCCGAUUUGAUGUGAUUCAUCUGGCUGCCCAGCAAACCUACAACCAACUAGACAUGACUGUGGGAGAAGCUCUGAGGCAGAGGACACUGUGUCUGGAGGGUGUCCUUUCCUGCCAGCCCCAUGAGACCCUGGGGGAAGUCAUUGACAGGAUUGCUCGGGAGCAGGUGCACCGGCUGGUGUUAGUGGAUGAAACCCAGAAUCUCCUGGGCGUGGUCUCCCUUUCGGACAUCCUUCAGGCUCUGGUGCUCAGCCCUGCUGGCAUCGAUGCCCUCAGUGCCUGAGAAUACCCAAGUCCUCAUUCCAGGGCACCUCCACACCUGGAAGUCGAUGAAGGGAGCUGGGGGACUCAGCUUUCUUCUUCCCUCACCCCUGUUUACCUGGUUCAGGCUUCUCCAGCCCUCCCCAAUCAUCCUUGUCCAGCCUGUACUCCCAGAAGCCCUCGGGCAUGCCCAGUUCACCAUGGGGACAAUGGCAUUAAGGACAGUGGCUGAGUCAAGCCUGGAGACGCCUGACCCAGAAGCACUGGGAUUACCCUGGGGCCACCCAUGCUCAGAACUCACUCGCAUCAACCUUCCCCCAACCUGGGUGGAGAGUGGUCACUAGGGUGCAGUGACCCUGAAGCCCAUGGGUAAAGUCAUGGGCUCUAGAUGGCUCUGCUUCUGGUCUAUGUUCAGCUCAUCCCCUAUUCCUGGGAGUCCCAGCUGUUCCUUCCCCAGGGCAACCACUGUAGUGGCACUGUCUUCCUGCUGUCCUGGAAUGGUCAUUUCAGGGAUGCUGGGGGUAACUGUGGAGCAGCAGUUAUUUCUAGAGUUGCCUAUUGGACCCGGAUUCUCUCUCCAUCAUUGUCCAGAAAACGUUUUCCUUACUCUCGCCAGUGAACAGUGUUCUUUGUUCCCAGUGACUACGGCCUUGUACUCAGAUCCUCUAGAAUGAGAGGUUGACAAAACAAAAAUGAAAAGAAUAAGCCAUGAACUUGGAUUUGACAUCGCUCAAAAUGCUAGACAUUCAACCUAAACUUGUGGAAGAUCCCUGUGCUUUCAGAAUUCAAACACAAGGAGGAAAACCCGCAACUGGCAGAACAGCAAGUGGCUUUUCUUUGGCACAUAGAACAUUAUUCUGCUGAUUUUUAAAAUCUUUUAUUUAUAAUGAAACCAUAAAGAAAAUAUUUAUUAACCAAUUACUUAUAUAGUACAUAAAACCCAGUUUAUGAACUCCAAUCUGCAAAAACAUAACUUUAUUUUUCUAACACUGAAUGAAAUUUUUAUUAUGAACUCCAUCUUACCAGGUGGUAGAGAUUAACCUCAGUCCAUCUAGGGUCCCUUCCUCAUCUUUACCUGGGGCUGUGGGGUGGGGGUUUAAGCAAUGUAAAGCUCUGCUCCUCAGUCAUCAGCAUCCGUCCAUGCCAGCACGUAUUCUCACCUGGUCAUCGUCAGUUGGUCACUGGUAUGCGUGGUCACUACCAUGUGCCCCUCACUUCCAGAGCCUCUUUGGUCCUGCUUGUGCUUGGGGCAUGCACUUCAUUCUGGCUCCCGGUCCUGUACCCCUCUGGGCUUCAGAAAGCUCCAUCAGGCUGUUCCAAUGGGCAGCAUAUUCUACUCUGUACUGUAAUGUUUUCCCAGACUUUACCCAGGAACAUGGGGCCCAGGACUCUCCUGCCCUUGACAUCUCCAAACCUACAGGGGGGAUUUGUCAUGCUUACACCCACCCUUCAUGCUUGGCUCCCUUCACAGGGGCCAGAAGUGUUUCUUUGUCAUCCCCCCCGCCCCCCAGCCUGUGAAAUCUGUACCAGUGGGGACGAAGGGCCCUUUGUUCUUGGGCCCUGAUAUAGUCUUCCAAGUCUGCUAUGUGUCCUGAACUCUUGCCACUCAACUUGAGGAUCAGGCUUUUGAGCUUCCAAAGCCAAGACUCCGCUUCUGCUCUGUCACUCUCCCCCAUGGCAAUGGGCACUGCAAGUCCAGCUGUCCAGUGUGGGUAGGUUACUAUUUCUAAAAUGUGAUCCUGACCCCAUUACCUCCCUAAGCUUCAGAGUCAGACACUUGUGCUGGACUAUCAGACAGUACAUGAAGGUAUUUUCUCACCAGCCACUUUGCCAAAAUCCCAGGGUCAGUGCUGGCCCUACCCUGUCCUACCCAGGAAGGUGCCAGUUUUGGGGCUCAAUAGGAGGAUGAGAUGGGGAUGAUCACUGGGCCUGGGCCAAGGGAGGAUCUCUCAAGCGUUCUAAAGGAGCCUGACACAGGCUGGCUCCAAUGCGGGCUGGCUGUGGGCAAGCAUCACAGGUCAGUCCUUUGACUAUAUGCCUCUGGGAAGAGACCUGCAGCCCUAACAGCAAGGCUAAGGACAGCAUGUGGGUCUCCUUGUACCUCCUGAGAGCACAUGCGUCUCUGCGUGUCUGUGCUCAGUGUCCCAAGGAUCCAGCAGAGGGACCAGCCCUCCCCACCUCAGACCCCUCCUCCCAUCAACCCCAACUCCAGCUUCUGGCCCAGCCCUGCAACCUUCAUGGAUGCCAGACAAGAACCUUAGAGUUGUCACCAGGGCUGUGACUGCUUCCAGCCUAGCUCAGAAUAAAAAGUGUGCUUUUGUGCAGAUUGCCUUGCUGUCCCCUCCUUCCCACAUAUGAACCUGGGGCUGGGCUGCCCCCAGCUCCUCCUCAGCCCCCAAAGGCUCCCUGAGUUUCUGUGACCUCCAGCCUGGACUCCUGAGGCCUCCUUUGCCUUCCUAAGAGAGCUUCACAACCCUCAGUGCUUCUUCACUCCGGAUGUGCUCCAGGAUCACCAAGGAAGUCUUGUAAAAAAUGCAGAGCCCAAGGCUCAUUCCUAGACAUGCUCUUUUCCUGAUUUUGGGGUGGAUUCUGGGGAACUGUGCUUAUUUUCUAUAAAAACUGGAGAUUUACGAUUACUGAGACAGGAUGAGCAUGUGGCUGUGCCGGGACAUAAGGAUGGGUGGCUCAUUCUCACAGUAAAAUAAUUUGUCACAUGAUUGGGUCUAUCUAUUAUUUAAUUAUGUCUAAAGUCUACAGGAAGCACUGACUAAAAGGAUUGGCAUAAUAUGGAAGACAUGAUUUAUUAGCAUCCUCAAAACUCUUCUCCCAAGCACCCUUCAGUAUAGAAGUAUUCAUUACAAAGUUAUGUAUGUCCAUUCCAUGAUGAAAGCAAAGUUUGCACUUGACAUACAUAUUAAAACUGGAAUCAGGAAUAAUAACCUGGAAAUAAACCAUUACCAAGCUAACAAGCAUUCAGAAUUAAAACAUCUGUAGGGCAGGAGGGCAUAGACAGCCAGGAAACACUGGCAUCUUGUCUAUUUUUAUUAAUAAGAGUGCUGCCUACUUGUUUAAGAAGACAGGCUGUUUUCUUAAAAACAUACUCAAUUAUAUUAAUCCUAAUUUGACUAACAAAGUCCAAUUAGCUGGACUGGGAAUAGCAAUUAAAAGUGUAUCUGCUAUGCUGGAUCAAUAUCCACCUUUCUGCAGUUAUCCUACACCUGCUCUUGUUCCUGCCUUAUAGAGGAAGGUCAGGAUUUGCCAUCAGGGAGCCUCACUGGAAUGUGCCUUUGCUGUGAUUCUUGCGGACCUUGAAACUCUCAAACCCCAGAAGUAUGCCCAAUCACUGGCCACAGAUAGGCUUUGUGUCAGCCUCAAACAGGGCUUCUGCUUAUCACGGGACGGAAUCCAUCCAUGACAUCUCAUCCAUCCUGGAGCUCUUAGGUGUGUUUGACCAAAUCACUGUCAAAGAAAGUAAGCUUUUCACUUACAGUAAAGAAGUCCUAUCCAGGCAUUGUGAUGGCAUAUCCACAGGCAAGGUUUUCAACUCCCAAGGUAAAUAAAAGAACUUGAAGCACAUUUGUGGUAGAUGUAUUUUUCUGCAGAUAUAUUGUCUAUCAAAAAAAAACUUUUUUGAAAGAAGAGAAAGACUCUUGGUGGCAGUGAUGUAUUGUUUGGCAGGAGAGUCUCUGAUUGUCUUCCUCCACUGCCAUGUCUGUGGGGUUUCUGGUAGCAGCCUCUGUGGCCAAGGUUUCAGUUUUGUGUCAUUAACUCCUCAUCUCUUCUAUCUUGUGUUCUGCACUUGCUAUAGCUGGGAUCUGGAAGGCCCCCAGAGGCCCAUGUGUUAAAGGUAGUUCUCGGCUUGUCACUACUGGGAAGGUGGUGCCUAGGGAGAGGUCUGUUGGUCAUUGGGGGCAUGUCCCUGAGGGAGAGCAUGGGAUCUUGCCCCUUCCUCUCUCUUUUUUUUUUUUUUCCUGUUACCAGGGAUUGAACUCAAGACUGAGCUCGCCAGGCAGGCACAGUGCCACUGAGCUACACCCCCAGCUUCUUUUUCUCUUUUACUUCCAGGCCACCAUAAUAUGAACAGCUUUGCUGGAACUAUGUGAUUCCACCAUAACAUCCUGCCUUGUCACAGGCCCCAAAGAAAUGGGUCCAAUCAAUCAUGGACUGAAACUUCCAAAACCUGUGAGCCAAAAUAAACCUUUCCUCCUUAUAAGGUGAUUAUCUCAGGUAUUUUGUUACAGAACAGGA